UUUGGCAGGUUGACCACGCGGACUGACUGGAAUGGUGGCGUUAUGUGUCCGUAAAUUGUGUGAACUGGAGAACCGAGGUUAAUCGAUUUUGAGGAUUCGGCUCGCUGGAAGAAUUUCGAGUUUCAUAACCAGCUGCAGCGAGAGAAAUGGAACUGAGGCCAGCACUGGCCGCCUUGCGGCCACAUUUACUACUAGUCUGCCUCGUGGGUUUACUGGCAGCGCCCUCACAGACAGCAGCUAGGAAAUAUGUUCAGAGUUACGACAAGUUAGACUUUCUGAUACUGACCGGCUACCCUCUACCUAAUGGGGUUAAAUUUGCCGAAGGUCUCCAUGGGGCUUCAGCUUUUCAUCUUGAGAAGGGAACCAACAUCGGCCGCAUGGCAUUUGUCAUCUUCCCGACUGAUUUCACGGAGCGGUUCUCGGACUUCACCCUCCUGGUGACCAUAAAGCCUGAGUCAGAGGAUGUGGGUCCCCUGCUGGUGGUCACAGACAAUCUGCAGAAGACGGUCAUUCUGGCCCUGAAUGUGACCCAGGCGGGGCAGGAUCGGCACCGGGUGGAGCUGGUCAUGCGGGAUGUGGUGACGGGCACGCCGGCUAGCGCCUCCUUCCUGGUGCCCUCACUGACGGACCGCUGGUCGCAAUUCUCGCUCAGCAUCAUCAAUGACAUGGCCACACUCUUCUUCAACUGCAGCACCUAUGACAGCGCUUCACUCGCACGUCCGGAGGGCUGGCGGCUGACAAUACCACAGAGUGGGGCGGUCUUGGUCGGUAACCAGGGCUCCAGGCUAGGAACAGUGGCCAGCUUUGAGGGCACAAUUCAAACGCUGGAGAUGUCCAAUGACCCAGAUGCGGCAGAGGUGCGAUGUGACAGUGAGCCAGAGCCUCCAAAGCAAAGACUCUACAAACGUGAAUCUUCAUCCUCUGCUCUCGCCGAUGCUUUAAUAACAAACAAAGACAUCCCUGCUCAGCCAUCAAACUCUAUGCUGAACGGAUCCGUGCACGUUGCUAUGCAGACCUCAGGCUUUAACAGUGGAGGAGUAAAGUCGAAGUACUUUAGCGGUGGAAAAGAAAUUGAGCUUGGCAGUGCUGUAGGAAGUGGUUCUCCAGCUGGACAAGGCAUUACCGAGGAGCCAAUGAUAUCUAGUGGGAUGUUUGAAAGCUCCAUGGAGUCAUUCUUACAAACGGGAACACCUCCUGUGUCACCUGAUUUCCUCCAUGGGAUGGAUACCUUAUCUGAAACACCUGACAUGAGAACAACAUCAGUGUCUCCCCCUGGAAUUUCAAAGGCAGCAACCGAUCUGCCCUCUAAGAUGGAAACAGCCUCUAAAGCAUCCAUUGGAAUGGAAAUGGUAUCUCAAACUCCUCCUGGAAUGGAAAUGGCAUCCAAAGUGUCAUCUGGAAUGGAAACAUCUUCCAAAGCACUCUCUGGAAUAGGACCAUCUUCCUUGCCUCCUGAUGGAAUGGGAAUGUCAUCCAAAGUCACCCCCAGAAUGGAAACCGUCACCAAACCAUUCCCUGUAUUAGGGACAACUCCUGAGACACACUCUGAGAGAACAACCACAGAGAGUCCCGUCACUCUUCCAGCCCCUACCGAAAAACCUGACAAGUUCACAGAAGCACCUUCUGUGACAGACGCUGUCACUUCAUCACCGCCAACAGUGCUAACAGUCACGUUACCAACAGUGGCACCAACAGGGCCAAUAAUGUCACAGUUGCCAUCAGAGAUGCCAGUGAUGACAGCCAAAGUUUCAUCCCCGCAAAUGGCAUCAGAUGGCCAAGAGUCAGUUGUAGUCACCACAUCUACACCUCUUGUCAAGGUCAUCUCUGAAACUCCUGUGUCUGAGGACAAGGUAAUGUCUUCCCCAGCCGACCAUGCCACACCCAUCCCAACAGAGAAAGCGACACCUAAGCCAACAGAGAAAAUCACACCCACCCCAACUGGAAAGGCUGCACCCUCUUCCACAGUCAACGCCACACCUGCCAAAACAGCUGAGGCCACAACCGCCCCUGGAGACAAAUUUGUGUCAGCCCCAACGGGCAAAGCCGCACCCACUACAACAGACAAAGCCAUGCCCAUCCCAUCAAGAACACUGAGCUCCGCCCCAGUUGAGGUAGUCACACCUACUCCAAUCGUCAAGGUGAUCAGUGGGUCACCGGGAGUACCAGGUGUCCCGGGGGAACCAGGCCCAAAAGGCGACCCAGGAAUUGAUGGGAAGGAUGGUGCCCCAGGGACAAAUGGAAAACCUGGACCUCCAGGAACAUCAGGUGAGAAGGGAGAAAAGGGAGAUAAAGGAAGUCCAGGUAUCCAAGGACCUAAAGGAGCUCUUGGUGAUCCAGGCUUGACAGGCCCUAGUGGACCCGAAGGGCUACCGGGCGUGGCAGGCCCACCCGGCGACAAAGGAGUGCCAGGGGAUACGGGACCAAUCGGACCCAGUGGAAGCAAAGGACAAAAGGGUGAACCUGGGAUUGGAGAGCCUGGCCCACCAGGCCAGACAGUGACCCCUGACCCAGAGAAAAUCCGAGGAGCCAAAGGAGAACAGGGAAAGACGGGAGUUCCAGGACCCAAAGGAGAAAAGGGUGACCGAGGUGGUAUUGGCCUUGUUGGACCCCAGGGAGACAUAGGCCUCCAAGGAGCAAAAGGAGAAAAGGGUGACCCAGGUGAGGGCUUGAUUGGUCUACAAGGACCCAUUGGACCUAUCGGACCUCAGGGACCACAAGGGGAUACAGGACCAGUUGCCGAACUACCAGAGUUCUUUGACCUCUUUGAAGGUUCAGGAUUGGCUGAUUUCAGGGGACAGCGUGGCAAGAAGGGCCAAGAUGGCCAACCGGGCCAAGCCGGUCCCCAAGGUCCGGUGGGUCCUCCGGGCCCUCCAGGCCCCCAAGGGAAUCAAGGAGCUCCUGGUUCGCCAGGGAUGCCUGGGGUACCGGGUACGCCAGGCCGGCCUGGUACGGUAGGGAUGAACUACACAGGACUCAACGGGCUGUGCUGCAGGGAUGGGCUCAAUGGCAGCCAGGGACCCCCAGGAAUACAGGGACCCCCUGGUCCUCCUGGCCCACCUGGCCAAAAUGGAACCGCAGGAACUUCUGGUGAAACUGGUAAGCCUGGUGUCCCUGGUAUUGAAGGACCCCCAGGAAUGAAGGGAGAUCCAGGUAUUGCAGGCCCACCAGGUCCACCUGGCCCACCAGGAAAAAUCUACAUAAUGCCCACAGAUGCCACCCCAACAGCCAUUUCCAAACUAUUCACGGAUGGAGAUGCCUCAGCUGGAAGUGGAUCACCGCCACAAAUCACAAAGUCACCUGUUAAUGGAGGUGUUGACCUCAUCCCUGGUGAGCCUGGUGCUCCGGGGCCCCCAGGACCCCAGGGCCCUCCAGGAGCAACAGGUGAACGUGGUGAGAUUGGCUUGCUGGGUGAGAGGGGACCGAAGGGAGACAAGGGAUCUCCAGGAACCCAAGGAAUACAGGGGCCUAAGGGAGACACUGGGCCUCAAGGACUACCGGGUAAAAAUGGUAAAGAUGGUCGAGAAGGACCCCAAGGAAAACAGGGUGAGAGGGGCGUCGGUCUUCCAGGAGAUAAGGGUGAUGCAGGAUCCAUGGGACCAUCAGGAAUGCCUGGGGAACAAGGCAUAAUGGGACCACCUGGACCACCAGGGCCACCCGGUCCACCUGGGGAAGUCAUGAUUGAUGUGGAUGGCCAAAUGAGUGAAAAGGGCGAGAAAGGCGACUCCGGAGAGGUCGGACCAAGAGGACCCCGAGGGCAGAAGGGUGAAGCAGGCCUGAAUGGUAUACCUGGUUUCCAUGGCACCAAGGGUGAUCGUGGGGAGAGGGGACCUGCAGGAAUGGAUGGUGCCCCGGGCGCUCAGGGUGACAUGGGACCCAAGGGUGAUCAGGGACCUGAAGGUAUCCAAGGGCGUGACGGAUUGGAUGGAAUGCCAGGACCCAGAGGGCCCCAGGGUGAGAAGGGAGAGCCCUACAUUCCUGAUGAGUCUGCACUGGUGCUACUCAAAGGAAUGCGCGGUCCAAGAGGCCCACGGGGACCCAAGGGACAUUUUGGUAUCCCUGGCCGACCGGGUAACCAUGGUGACAUAGGGCCCCCAGGGUUGUCUGGACCAGCAGGUGCUGAUGGAGUCCCAGGCAUUGGAAUUCCAGGUGAAAAGGGAGAGCAAGGUAUGAAGGGUGAAAAGGGAGAACCUGCCAUUAUUGGCACAGCUCUGCCCUUGGCCUCCGGGGUAAAGGGUGAAAAAGGAGACCCAGGAGAGCGUGGACCUUCAGGGAAACGAGGACCAGCCGGACCGCAGGGAGUUCCAGGCUUCCCCGGAGUAAAUGGUUUGAAUGGUCCUAAGGGAGAACCAGGUGAACCAGGAGAAGAGGGUAGACCUGGUGCAAUGGGUCAUCCUGGUGUGGAUGGUGUGCCUGGGAGUACUGGACCUCAAGGCCCCAAGGGUGACAAGGGCAGUCCUGGCAUUGGUUUGAAGGGUGAGCAGGGUCGGCCCGGUAACCCAGGCCCGCCUGGCUUUGGCGUGCCCGGAAUUGAUGGACCCCAAGGGCCCCAGGGACUCCCAGGGCCCCCUGGACCCCCGGGCCCCCGUGGACCAACUGGUGCCUCCGACCUGCCAGAGGGCUCGUACAUACCCAUAGAGGGUCUGCCAGGGCCUCAGGGCUUCCCCGGGAUAGACGGAGAGGAUGGGGCACCAGGCGAACCAGGUCGUCCAGGAGACCCUGGGCUUCGGGGUCCUGAGGGAAGGCCUGGAGAGCCUGGCCCAAGGGGAUUUCCAGGGCCGGCCAGCAGCGGACAGUUGACGUCUUUCAGUUCUAUCAAUGACAUGAUCCAGCAAGCUGCAAGCCUGACCCCAGGCACCAUUGCAUUUGUCACAGAUGUCCAAGAGCUGUACUUGAGGCGCGAUAAUGGAAUGACACAGAUAUUGCUCGGAGCCACCUUUAACCUAGACCCUGUGCCACCACUUCUUACCACCUCUACCACCACUCCAUCUCCACAAACUCACUCUACUACCGAGAAAGUUUUCACAAUUCCAUCAACAAAGCCCGGGCUUCCAGGACCUGAUCUUGAACUUGGCGAUCAACCCAUGCUGUACAUGUAUGCUCUUAACCAUCCAAUGACGGGUGACACAUACAGCGAGGACAGCAUAGGUGGCCUAUCUGGUGCAGACAGUCACUGUUUUCAGCAAGCCCAGCAAGCCAGACUCCCAGGAACCUAUCGUGCUUUCCUGUCAUCCAGGGUACAGGACGUCAAGUCUGUGGUCAACAAGGACUACCAUCAUCUGCCUGUUGCAAAUGCCAAGGAUGAGAUCAUGUUUCAGUCAUGGGCUGGCAUCUUCAAUGGAAAGGGUGCAACUUUCGACAGUGAUAAGCACAUCUAUUCAUUUGAUGGUAAAGAUGUCAUGACAGACGACGAAUGGGACCAAAAGUACAUUUGGCAUGGUUCAUACGUGGAUGGCCGGCGAAUGGCAGACAGCUACUGUGAGGAGUGGCGCACAUAUGACGGCAGCGCCAGUGGUCAAGCCAGCCCACUGGGCAGCCACAAGCUCCUAGGCCAAGAGACACAACUAUGCAGUAAUGCCCUGGUGGUGCUAUGUGUACAGGUAUCACCGGACACUUAAAACAACUAUCCGUAGUGGAAGCGACAAGCUGGUUAAUCAACCACGAAGAGGGGUUAGAGUUAUUACUGGGGUCUCUUCAUCGGCAUUCUACAGAUUUUUUUUUUCCUCCAUGCUAACUGAGGAACCGUUCUGAAGGCCCUAUUUUAAUUUUGUUUUUGUAACAUUGAGGAGAACUAAAUUAAUUUGUACUUCCUAUCUGUACCCCGGUUCUAUACAGAUGAGUACCGGUAGCAUUUUUAAACUCCUUUUUGUUGGAAUGAGUUUCAGGCGGGGGUGUCUUUCAUGUGAGAAAUUUCUUUGAAGAAAUCUUAUCCGGCCAAAAAUAAGACUAAACCAGUGUGUUCUGUUUAAAUAAAAAAGAGAAACCUUGCAAUCAUUGUUUCGGUGCUAUGAAUCAUACAACAGGUUUUACAGAUGUAAUUACUGUAAACAAGUGCCUUUAAUAGCAAACUUUUAGUGUAUAUUGUGGGGGUUCUCAUUUUAAAGAAUAUUUCUGUGGGUUUUUUAUAGUUAAUACUUUCGCUGCCACAAUAUGUAGUAAGAAAAUGGUUGAUUUCAACAGACUCUUGACCAUUCUUUUCUUUCUUUUUUAUUUGUAUAGUUUACUUACAUUUUUAUUUAUAAACUCUGGAAGUGUUGAGGAAAGUGCUGAGUAAAAGUUAUUCCCCUGUAUCUGAAGCCCUUGCAGCAUUUUGUACAUUCUACUGAAAAAAGUGAGAUGUGAUUUGUUUGGAGUACACAUUUGAAAUCAUGUUUAGGCUUUAGAAUAGUCUAGUUUUGAUGUUUUAAGUUGUUUAUCCUGUUGGUUUGACAGCUGGUAACAAUUUUGGAUAUCCCCAGUGAAAAAGAUGAUGCCAGUAAAUUAGUCUUGGAAGGUUCUAGGGGUUUCUUUGGUGCCAUUUAGGUUGUUGAGCAUACAGUAUUUGCGUGCCGCACAAAGGCUGCCUUUUACUAUCAGACAGACAGCAUGGUUUGAUGUGUAUAUUCAGGUAAGAGCUAACUUUUCUCUACUCUAAUAGAAUCAUGCUGAUAAUAAUCUUUAAUGUUUUGGUGCAUUAUUCAUUAUAAUUCCAGAACAUAUCAAAAGUUAUCUUUCCAAGUAUGAGUGUUUGCCAAAAAUUUCAAUAUUUACCCAUUUUUAUACUAUUUAUAGCAGAAAAAUAUUUCAAUUACAUUUGUGUCCUAACUCGUGAAAUAUCAACUCAUAUGUGAUUUAUACUUGCUGCCUCAGAAAAUUUCAAAUAUUUUGAAAAGACACACCCCCAAACACCUAUGUGCCAUGUUCAUGUAUAUACAUGUAUGUAUUUGUUGCGGUAUAUUUUUAAGAGCAGAAAACAUUAGACAUUUAGAACAGCUAUAAAUUAAACACAAACUCCUGGUGCUAACUGUAAGAAAUGUUUUUAUAAAAUGGUUAGCAUGAAAAAUGUUGCUUGUGAGAUACAAUGUAAACAUAAAACAUAGGUAAGAUCUUGGUCCAAUGUGCUGUUUGGGUUGAAUUGUUGGUAAAUAAAGGUGAAUCGUUAAGUAGU